GAUUUGUCACGUAUAAUGGAUUUAAUCGGAUCCGCAUAUUCAAAAGAUGGAUUUAUGAAAAAUGUAAGAAUUAUGAAGACAUUCCAAAAAGCAAAUAACUUUGAUAGACCUUGCGGAAAAAUAGUUGUACCGACUACAAAGGAAAUAACUGCAUUACCAUGUAUGAAAUAA